AUGGAAUCCACUGGUGGAUAUGGUAAAUGAAACUGUAUUUGUUCUUUGUACAAAUUAACUUGAAUGAUAACUAAAUAUAUAAUAGUAUGUACUUUAAUUAUUUACUGCGUUAUCACCGCUAUUAAAAUAGUGAGAUGCGAACUAUACAACCUACAGUCCUACACUGAAUUUUAAGACUUGUUAGGUAAGAAUUGAGACACAAACCACAACAAUGGGUGAUUUCAGCUAUGGACGAAAUUUUGAUCUAGAUAAGAAGGACGAAAUCCAACAACACACCUAGAAAGAGCGUCUUAAAAUGACUAAUGUUGUAAAGAUUGGUUGCUAAAUAUUGUAAAAUGAAGAAAAUAUAGCCCUGUGAAGUUAGCAAAUUUUGCGCGGGAAAAAUAAACAUUUUUGAGCGGAAGUACAAAAUUUGCGAACUUCACAGGGCUAUAUUUUCCUCAUUUUACGGCAACAUUUAGCAACCAAUCUUUGCAUUGUUACUCAUUUUAAGAUGCUCUUUCUAGCUGUGGUGUUGGAUUUCGUUCUUCUUGCCUAGACCAAAAUUUCGUCCAUAGCUGGGAAUCACCCAUUGCCGAUCAUAGAAACUUAUAAGAAAGUACCUACACUAGCCCCAUAUUUGUCAGAUAUAUUUUUCAGGUGGUUUAAUUAGACACACUUAUAACCAUGCUAGUUUAUGGUAAAAUACUACCUGUCGGAAGCCAACAUUUAAGAUGUUUGGAUUCUCCAUUCUGAUAUAAACUUUAGCCUAAGCAAUUAUAGAUGUUUAUUUUUUCAUUUAGUGGCCUCAAAACCAGCUGCGUUAGAUAAUGAUGUCAAUGUAUAUCCUGAUACGAAUAUCGCCACAUUACCCCAGACUCCAAUUGCACCAAACAUUACCAAUAUUAACAUGGCUAGUACCUCAACUACAAAAUGUGAUCAUGUAGUUCUUGGAAUACCAAAAAACAUUUUCGUGAAAUCGGUGAAAAACCAAGCAAAUGAGUGGUAA